AAAGCAUGACUUUUAAUGAUAACAUGUUUUGCCAUUUAAUUUAAAUGUGUUUAUCAUUAGUUUGACAUUAAUUAUUGCACUCAUUAUCAUAUCUUCCUCAGUGGUGAUGAUCCACAGUUUGGCUCAUCAUCAACAACACAAGUGAUACAAAUAUAUAUUUUUAUUUUGGUUUAUAAUCAUUUGAUCCAAUUGAUCCAUGGAUUGACAUACCAUUAGUGUUUGCAAUUACUCAUUAUCUACUCAUUGAUCAUCGAUAAGGUUGUGUCAGUCAAUCACUUCAAGAUAUUUAAGAUUUAGCUGAUGUGACACAAGUAUCCGGAUUUAAAAUUACCAUAAAAUGUCUCGAAGAAGUACCACACUGUCGAAGAACUUACUGCAGAUGAAGUUUAUGCACAGAACUAAAGAAAAAACUGAAAAACAAUUGAAUGAACAAAGAAAUGAUGAAUUACUUGAUCAACACUUUGAUGAUAAUGACGAACUCGAGUCACAGAAGUAUAUCAUAAAUACUAGUUAUGUCUAUUGUGAAGGACUCAGAUCUGGAAGAAUGUCAUUCAGAGGUAUGAAUCCAGAGGUGGAAAAAUUAAUGCAAGAAAUUGAUGAAAAUGACGACAAAGAUAAAGAAGACAACGAUAAUAAUGAGAAGAAUACUACUCAAGAUGUUAGUGAUGACGAAAUGGCAAAUAGAUAUUCAAAACUAAUGUCAGAUUCGGCAUCUGGUCAUCGAAAAAGAAAUCACAAGAAUUUUAAUAGACAUCAUAUAUCUAAUAGUAAACGAUUUAAACCAAAUCGUUGACAGAUUUAUCAAUAAAUUAUUAUUAAAAAUAUAGACGUUUUGAUAAAAAUCAUUUUAAUGAAAC